UACACACAUCAUCAAUUCUGUUUUGUAGUUUAACCAUUACAUUGACUUUAAGGUUACAGGUUUGUAAAAUUUGUUUACUGGAUCAUUUCUGUGUGCUGGAUGUAUUGUGCUCACACAAACAAUGUGAAGUUUAAACCAGUUAAAUUUGGACAAAGAUAAUAAGAUGUAGUUUAUUUCAGGAAUCAUGAACUACACGCAGGUUUCAUAUUUAACACUUGCUGCCUAUUUUGACACCAGGGCGUUAAAAUAUCUAUUUUUCAUGAUUCUCACAUUGUUAUAUAUUUUAAUUAUUUGUACCAAUGUGUUGUUGAUAGUGAUUAUCUGUAUGAACAGAAGUUUACAUGAACCUAUGUACCUGUUUCUGUGCAGCCUGUUUGUAAAUGAACUGUAUGGUAGUACAGGGUUGUUUCCAUUCCUUCUGCUUCAGAUCCUCUCUGACAUUCACACUGUUUCUGUUCACUUUUGUUUCCUGCAGAUUUAUUGUGUGUACUCGUAUGCUUGUGUAGAAUUUUUCAACUUAGCCAUCAUGUCUUAUGACAGAUACCUCGCUAUCUGUUAUCCUCUACAAUAUAACACACGAAUGACAUUUAACAAGGUUGCUGUGCUUAUUGCUGUAACAUGGUUGACUGCUUUUCUUGUAGUUGUUGGCACAGUAUCCUUGACCUCCUCUUUACAGCUGUGUGGAAACAUCAUUGAUAAUGUGUACUGUGUGAACUACUCUAUUGUCAAACUGGCCUGCUCUGACACAACAGUAAAUAACAUCUAUGGACUACUUGUUACUGCCUUCUCAGUCUUUUGUCCUCUCAUUUUAAUCCUUUACACUUAUAUGAAGAUUCUUAAAGUUUGUUUUUCUGGUUCUAAACAGACCAGACAAAAAGCUGUCAGUACCUGCACACCUCACCUUGCUUCUCUGAUCAACUUUUCUUUUGGGGUUUGCUUUGAAGUGUUACAAAGCAGGUUUCACAUGAGCAGUGUACCUAAUGUGUUGCAUAUUUUUUUGUCAUUAUACUUUCUCACAUGCCAGCCUCUGUUUAACCCUGUAAUGUAUGGACUGAAAAUGUCCAAAAUACAUAACAUAUGUAAAAAUAGAUUUCUUUAGCUUGAAUAAAAAAAAAAACCUUUGAUGUUUUGACUUGUAAACCA